AUUUUUAAAGAACUCAUAUCAAGUCUAUUUGGACAAAAGCGCAGGAGGAAAUUACGCUCACAGAUGUGUGAGGAAACUAUUUUUUUAUAAUUUUUUUUUUUUUGCGAAGGCGCAUUUUGUUGAAUUGCGAUGUUUUUUCCCUUUUUCUUCGGUUCAGGUCCCUGCUCUAUAAAUAACCCGCGAGAUUAACUCAAGCGCGUUGACAGUUUGCCAGGGAUCGUCCCGCCCACUCUCAGUCCCGUGAUAGGCCCAGUGCAGCCGCCGCGGCCGGUCUGAGUGGCUGUGCCGGCCGUCAAUCACUCGCCAGGUCCCGGCACAGCUGCUGCUGCUGCUACGGAACCGAUUGCAAGGGAAGAGAAAUGCUGUUGACGAGGCAACAACAUCUAGCCCCAGCUAGAGUAGACAUCUGCGGAUAAUCUCACUUCGUCCAUCUCUCUCUCUCUCUCUCACACACACUCACACACCAGGACUCUGACAUUGUGAAAAUAAACUUAAUGGAUCCAGUGGAACAUGACAAUCACAUGACUUCUUUGAGUCAGGCUUUUCAAACUCGUUUUAAUUAAGUGAAGUGAGUAAAUAAUUUGGUGGAACGUUACUUAUAAUGGAAGAUACUCAUACUACCCAACAGUUACAUAAACCUAUCAAAGAACUAUGCUUCAUCAGUUACUACUGCCUUGGGGGAGAGGCUAGAUGGAUUUUGCAGAAAUGCAGUAUGUUGUUCGAUAGCUCGGUGAAAUGUUCUCCAGAAUAUAAUCAAGCGAAGGAGGGAUCAGGGGCUGGAAAAAAGAGACGUUUGUACUGUGACAACACUCUGCACAUUCAGAAACAAACUGACACAACAAACUCUGUUAACACUGUUGUGCCUUUAUUUGCUGCUGAGAAGCAAUCUAUAUUUGCUGAUGCGUUUACGAUUAAGCCAGCUUAUCGUCUGAUUUUGAAAAUGGGAAAUCAAGAUGUGAAACUUCAGGACAUUCAAGAGAUUGAAAAUAAGCCAAGUGAACGCGAAGAAGAUUAUGGUGCAUUUGAUGUGAAGCAUUUGGUGGCAAUGACAUCUGACCGUAAAAAAAGUGAUACUAAAAUCAAAAAACUGAAAAAGCUUGGCAAAAGAAGAGAAAGUACUGAGGAGCCUUCACGUCAAAAUGUAAAAAAGAAAUCUAUUUCUGGAUCAGAACCUAUUUUUAUAAGUGGUAAGAAAAAUCAGUUAAAAGACACUGUAGGUACUUCGCAUUCAGUUAAUUACAGUAAAAGCAGAAGCCUCCAGUCAACCAUGGUAAAUAUUGAUUUGUCGUUGGAAACAAAAACACCCAAGUCAGAGUUAAACAGGGACAACUUGGAUUUUCAGGAUGAUGCAAAAACAUUUCCGUUAGAAGCUGAUGGAUGUACCUUUAUGUCAAAGCAUGACAAUGAAUUGAAUACUGAAGACCUGGUUAUUGGCAGCAAUAGUUUAUUGGAUGAUUUGCAAGAUACCAUACAUUUCCUGCAACAACAACAUGGUAAUUGCUUAGAAGGAAAAGAGAAGCCCGAGGACAAGGCCAAGAGUUCCCUGUUUGGGGCAAAUUUACCUUCGGAGUACAGGAUUUAUCACCCUGACGAUGGUUUAACAAACAAGAGCACUGUUGAGAGUGUGCUUCCCAAAGAUCAGGCUGCAGAAGCAGUUGUGCAGAAAGAUGUUCUGACUAUUUCAAAGACAGAAGGAAUUAAAAAUUGUGGUCCAUUUGCAGAGGAUAUAACCAAAUGUACUGAGGAACAAAACAUUUCAACAGUGGUAACUGGAAUGCAGAGCACAAUUGUUAACAGGGGGGAUGUUGACUCCACACCAAAGGUUUUUAUAGAUUUGGAUCCUACUUUUAGUAAAGGAAAUAUAGAUAAAAGUAAAAAGGACUUGGAAUCUUUUGAAGAAAAGACAGAAAACAGUGCAAAUUCACAAACCUUUGGUUAUGUCAACAAGAAUCUGACGAAUGUUGUUCAGAGUGAACAAUUUUAUGAAACAGGUGAAUGGCACAGGGUGUUAAAGAGCAAUGCACAUGCAAGUGGAACUAUUCUGACUUGCGACGAUAGGGAAUUAUCAAGAGAGGACGCAUUUGGCAUUAAAGAAGAAAUGUUUCUAGAGCCUCUUGAAACUGUUGAAAAAGCUUCCAUGGAUGGCCAUCUUAAUGGAUGCAACAAAAGUGAUUCUUUAUCGUUACUGACUGCUGUUAGUAAUAUUUUUAACAAUUCAUGUCCCACUAAUGAUAUAAAGCAUCAUGUGUCUCCUCUUUCAUCACCUUUGACUUUGCCAAGCUCUCAACUCCAUCACAGGAUCCUUCCACUACCUGUAUUAGAUACAGAGCAUACAACUUCAGAUGAUGACUAUUUAAAGCCAGCUGCAUCCAGAUAUAGUUGUAUCGCAACUAAAAGUAUAGAUGUGAAAGAUAAUUUGAAUGAAGAAAGUGUUUUGCAAUCAGAGUUUAAGAACAGAAACGAAAAUUUCCAGCAACAGGAUUCCGAGGAACAAGAAAAUGUAUCGUCUGUUGAAAGAACUUCAGAAAACUUCAGACCAAAAUCUUUGGACCUUCAACUAUUUACGAUGGAUGGAGAAGAAAUGGAUGCAUUUUCUCCACCGUUUGAUUACAUGCAGUUUAAUGAUUUAUCUCCAUCAGAAUCUGAAGACCGAACUCCUGGACGACUUCAUGCUAUUUGGCCGCCUCCCAAACCAAAGGAUGAGGAAGAAAAAGUUGGGCUAAAGUACACGGAAGCUGAAUACCAUGCUGCCAUUUUAUAUUUGAAACGAGAGCACAAAAAAGAAUUAGAGAAUUUACAGCAAGAAUUUGAGUUUAAACUUUUCCAUAUCCGUGGGGAACAUGCUGAAGCAAUAUCCGAGUUUGAAGAAACCAUUGCACAACUGAAAAAUAACUUGGAAAAUAAAACAAGAGAGGGAAAAUCUGAAACAAGAGAUGUUUCUGUUUCCACUGUUGAUGAUCUUGUGCCAAAGACAUUUCGCAAUGUUUGCAUUCAGACUGAUAGAGAAACAUUCAUGCAUCUGAACCAAGAAGACAGCAGAACAUCCAGAAGUAACCUAAGUAUCCCAGGGAAGCUGAGUCUUGCAUCCUUGAACUUGAAUGGCCAGUCAACUCAAUCCCAAAAGACGACAAAUGAUGAAUCUUCAUGGUCUUCACAAACCUCAACUUCACAAGUCUCAGAAACUCAGCCUGCUCUAUCUCCAUCAUCAGUCCCAUUGUCAGACCACGCUCAAUGUUUGACGACACCACUCCCUGGCUCUGCACCUCCCAUUCCACCUCCUCUCCCUGGGGCUGCACCUCCUCCUCCACCUCCGCUCCCAGGCUCUGUACCUCCACCUCCACCUCCACCUCCGCUCCCAGGCUCUGGACCUCCACCUCCACCUCCACCCCCGCUCCCAGGCUCUGUACCUCCACCUCCACCUCCACCUCCGGCUGUACCUCCACCUCCACCUCCACCUCCACUCCCUGGCUCUAUACCUCCACCUCCACCUCCGCUCCCUGGCUCUGGACCUCCCCCUCCACCUCCGCUUCCUGGCUCCGGGCCUCCACUUCCACCAUUCCCAUUUGGAAAUCCAAAUUCCACAAACUUCAGCUCGACUAAAGACAGUGAUGCAAGGAAACCUAUAGUUGAACCUCGUCUUCCAAUGAAGCCCUUAUAUUGGACAAGAAUUCAGCUAAAGGAUUCCAGAAAUGUUGAAGUGUCAACAAUUUGGGAAUCAUUGGAAGAACCUAGCAUCCAAGAUGCUGAAAAAUUUGAGGAACUCUUCUCUAAAGCAGCAAUUAAGGAAAAAAAGAAGCCUUUAUCAGACACCUAUCAAAAGACAACCAAAACAAAAAAGAUUGUAAAAUUACUAGAUGGCAAACGCUCUCAAACAGUGGGAAUACUUAUAUCAAGUCUGCAUCUAGAAAUGAAAGAUAUUCAGCAAGCUAUUUUAAAUGUGGACAACUCUGUUGUGGAUUUGGAGACACUUCAGGCCUUAUAUGACAAUAGAGCACAAGCAGAAGAGCUGGAAAACAUAACCAAAUACUAUAAAAAGUCAAAAGAGGAAGAGUUAAAAUUCCUGGAUAAGCCAGAACAGUUCUUGUACGAAUUGUCACAGAUUCCUAAUUUUGUUCAACGCACAAAUUCUAUCAUAUUCCAAUCUACUUUUAUGGAAGGAAUCUCCACAGUCCGCCGCAAAGCAGAGAGCGUUCAACGGCUAAGCAAGAUUUUGAAAGACCAAGAAAGUGUGAAGAUUGUGCUUGGACUCGUCCUAGCCUUUGGAAAUCACAUGAAUGGUGGGAACAGAACUCGUGGCCAAGCAGAUGGAUUUGGCUUAGAAAUUCUUCCAAAGUUAAAGGAUGUCAAAAGCAGAGAUAAUCAAAUCAGUCUUGUGGAUUUUGUUGCAUCCUAUUAUUUGCACCAUUUUGACAAGGAUGCAGGAACAGACAGAAGCAUAUUUCCUUUACCAGAACCCCAGGAAUUAAUGCGAGCUUCACAAGUUAAGUUUGAGGAUCUCACAAAAGAUCUCAGGAAAUUGAAAAGAGACCUUGCAGCAUGUGAGAAAGAAACAGUUCUUGUAUGCCAACAUUCAUCAGAGCAAGAUCUCCAGCCUUUCAAAGAAAAAAUGGAAGCAUUUAUUCAAAAUGCAAAAAACGAACACAAGGUGGAAGAAGAACAUCUUGAUGAGUCAAUAAAAAGCUUUGAAGAUAUAAUAAGGUUCUUUGGGGUGAAGCCAAAAUCUGGGGAGAAAGAGGUCGCUCCAAACAACAUAUUCAUGUUGUGGUUUGAGUUCUGUACGGAUUUUAAGAAUACUUGGAAAUGCGAAAGUAAACACAUCUCUAAAGAAAGGUUGAAGGAAGCUCAACAAUCAGUAAAGAAGAUAACUGCAGAAAAGAAGGUUGAAACAAAAAAAAUAAACCCAAACAGCCUGAAAGAAAGACUACGCCAGAGGGAAGCAAAUGUGCCCACCAAUUGAAGAGAACCAACAAGAGAAAGAAUCUAAUGACUUAAUGGUUUGUAUACAACCAGAAUUUGCAGAAUAUCUUCUUGAGGGUCACAUACAUAUCUUUGCAAUGCUGUGUUUAUAUGAAAACAAAUGAAUAGCCUUUUAAAUUUGCAUAAUAACAUAAAAGGAAUAGUAUCAUUCCAAACAACAAUUAGUAGGUGGAACAGCAAGUAUGUAUUUCACCUUACACUGGAGAAAUGUAGGCAUUUAAUUAUCCUAUGAAAACUAAGCAAAGGGGAUCCUUAAAAUUAAAGCUCAGAUGGCGGUUCUUUUGGGAAGAUGGUCUGAACCAAAACUAAGGUCUAUUGCAAUAUAUUACUGUAGAAGAUGGGCUUUAACUGUUGAAUUGUUUUUUGUUUAAUUUAAGUUGAAACAUUUGACAACACAUUAGAAUAUCUGAGGCUGCUGCAAAAUUCAGUAAUAUUCUAAACUUUGAUUUUCAUUUGUGCAUUCCUUUCCUUACUUUAUGCAUCCUCAAAAACAUGCCACAAGCUCACUUAACCCAUUGGCUUUCUCAGCCUUCUAUCACCUGCAGAAACUUUUUUCCAAAACAUUUCUUAAGAAAAUAUUUUUUAGUGCACAUCAAGUGAAUUAUGUUGUGUUUACAAACAAAAAUAAGUUAAUUCUUAAUAUUCACUAUACCUUUUGAGUUCAGAUUGUAUUUUCAACAGUUAAUUUGAAUAUGUGAAUAUAAAUCAAUUCUAACCAUAGUUAUUCCAAUCAGAAUAAUUUCAGCACAAAUGCUUAAAAUAUAUAUUGGAUAAUAGUUAUGAAUGUUGCUCAUUAUAUUGGCUUUUAUAAUCAAAAACCCCUGGUUAAGCAUGGUGCUUAAACAUGGAGAAAGAACAUAAAAGCCUCAGAUUUAAUUUUUUGUACGCUAACGUAGCAUAUCUCAUAAGGAGUACAAUAGCUGCCUUUGGUGUACUUACAUUGGCAAGAGGGACUGAGCUACACUUAUUGGUGAUCCCAUCGAGAAAAUAUGGAUGCUAAACGAGGGGAGCAUUGGAAUUGACUAUGUUGCCCCUCAUUAACAAAUAAUUUGCCAGCACUUUUGGCCUGGACUUGCACUUAAAGCAUAAUAUAUCUGGGUAACUGUUAGACUGAGAAAGUAUGUGCAUAAUCUUUAGGGAGAAACUUAUAAAUUAGAAUUAUGCAGCAUGGAAGCAGGCCCUUUGGCCCAACUCAUCCAUGCUGACCAAGAUGCCCCAUCUAAGCUAGUCCCAUUUGCCUACAUUUGCUCCAUAUCCAUCUAAACCUGUCCUAUCCAUGUACCUGUCCAUGUGUUUUUUAAAUGUUUUUAAUUGUACCUGCCUCAACUACCUCCUCUGGCAGCUCAUUCGAUAGACCUACCAUCCUCCAAGUGAAAAAGUUGCUCCUCAGGUUCCUAUUAUAUUUUUCCUCUCACCUUAAAUCUAUAUCCUCUGGUUCUUGAUUCCCCUACCUUGGGUAAAAUACUCUGCAUUCACCCUAUCAAUUCCCUUCGAGAGUUUAAACACCUUCAUUCGAUCACUGCAUCGCCCCUUCUUGAACGAAUGAAGUCCUAGCUUUCCCAAUCUCUCUGUAUAGCUCAGGUUUUCGAGGCCUGGCAACAUCUUUGUAAUCUUCUCUGAAUUUUUCCAGCUUAAUUACAUAUUUCCUAUAGCAGGGUGACUAAAGCUGAACACAAUACUCAAUUCCCUCUCUACAGAGAUGCUGCCUGGCCCACUGAGUUACUUCAGUACCUGCAGUUCUUUCCUACAAAAUACUCCAAAUGCAGUCUCACGUCUUGUACAACUAUAACAGAAUGUCUCAACUUCUAUUCUCAAAACCCUGGCUGAUGAAGGCCAAUAUACUAAAAGCGUUCUUUACCAUCCAAUCUGCCCGUGGCACCACUUUCAGGGAAUUGUGCACCUGUACUCCUGGAUCCCUCUGCUGUACAACACUCGAUUAUGUUGUAUUAUGAAAAUCUUUCCACAAGGUUUUUAUGAUCUGGCAAAACGUAUGUCUAUUGAAGGGUGAUGAAUUCCAUUUAGUAAAAUAACCAAGGAGGCAUAAACAUAUUUCUUUAUCAAUAUAAUUAUUUUUCUCCUUUUAUACCAGCUAUUUAUUGAGUGUGACUUAUUAAUGAAAAAAAUGUUAUUGCUAUUUUAUUGAAAUUAAAAUUCUCGAUGUGGUGUACAAUAAUAAUAUGUAGUCACAAAAAAUAUAUUUUUAAUCUCCUUUGAAACUCUAUGAAAAUAUAUGUUUAUUGGUGUGCAGCAGAACUUAGAAAUGUAGUUUAAAUGUACAGGUUCAUGAAAAUAACAUCAACUCUUAUGAGCAUCCAUUACCAAAGAAAAUCGAGAAACAAAUUACCAUAUUUGCUAAAGCAGUUUAUUACUACAUUGUUUAAAGGAUUCUUAACAUGACACUAAAAAUCAAAGAUCCUAUAGCAGCUCUGCUAUAAGAUAUUUGCUAAAAAUCAAGGUACAUAAUGUAAACUAUGAUUUUGCAGUAUUAGAGUGGAUUGCAUAUAUUUGCCAGGUGUAGCAAAAUUUAUAGUAAUCUAUAAACAAUUUUAGUGUUUUAAUCUAUAAGCACAUUAUGAAAUUAGUCCUUUUUGUUGGCUGUUUAAACAUUACGGUUCAUUUUAAUGCUUGUUAAAGCAAUCUUGAAGGAUGUUUACAUAACUGAUGUGAAAUGUUUCAACUAAAAAUGUUUUUAAAUGAUCAGAAUUGAGAUCUCAAUCUCACUAUGAGGCAAUUCUGUAAAAAAUGUAGUAAAUUCAACUAUUUUACUUUACAAGAAUUCAUCUUAGAUUUAAGAAUAUCUCAGCUUUUACCCACUAAGGCUUUAUUUCUUUCCAACAAAAAAAUAUUGCCUUUAGAUAUUUCUUGUUGCACUUUAAAAAUAAAUUCACCAAAUUUGUUAUUGAACUAUGCUGAUAAUUUUACAUUUUUAUUGUGGUUAACACAAGAAUAUGGUUGGAAACUUCUAAGCAAAGGAUAACAAGAUUGAUGAUUGUGUAAGAAGGAACUGAUUAUGCUCGUUUUUGACACAAAAAUGAUUAUGUAUCGUUGUUACAUUGUACAAAAAUAUGAAUCUGUUAAAUAACUCAGCAAAAUACAAACUUUGAUAGCUUUACAUAUACAAUGCCUACAUAGUUGAUCAGGUUUGCAGAGCACUUUUAUCUAAAAAUGUAGAAAUAUAUAAGAAAUAAUCUAAUCACUAUUUCAUGCUUUGUAAUAUUCAUAUAAUUGGAAACCAUAGGAAUUUUCGGCAAAAAUUAAUUUAAUUAUUUUUUGCUUUAAUUUAAUGAAAUAACGGUUUAAAAAAAACUAUUUUGUAAAAAUGUUUGUGAAGAAUAUUAAACAUUAUGAAUAUUAUGUUUAAACUUUUGUCUGUUGUAUCCAAAUCAGGACGCUGCUGCAUUUGAUGUUUGAUUACUGUGGAGUUCUAAUGUGAGCAAUUCAACGCUUAAUAAUCAAAAUAAAAAUAAACAAAUGUUGCUGCUUUUCUCCCAAGCCCCUUAACAAAAACAAUAAAUUAUUUUUCAAUACACACAAGGUAAUGAAUCUUUAAAACACUAUUGGAAAGUAAACUGAGAUCUCUUGCCCUCAUUUUCUUUUUAAUCGGCAACUGGAAAUUGACUGAUUUAACAUUUUGUUGCUAAGUGCCUAUAUCAUCAGA